CUCUCAAGUAAGAACGUCGUCGAUGAAAUUGAAUAUUAUGUCAUAGACAGCAAAUCUUACAGCGUGGAAUGCAAUCUAUAGCCACGGCAUGUUCGAUCCACGACGAUCUAUGACCAUUAAUGAUUCUCCCGCGCAAUUAUCUCCCAGCCGAGUAUGCAAAAUGCGUGAAAGCAUCUGUUCGCUGAGAAAAACGUCAAAGGCCUCCCGAUUUUUCCUUCGCGGUCCCCUUCACGCUUUCCUCUUCUACCUCGGCGGAUCGUUUCAUAGAUAAACCGCGGAGAACAUUUUUCUCGUUUGUUACAUCACCCGCUGCAUGCUCGGAGGACUCGCUCGUACCAUCAUCAUUCAGUCGUGCGAACUCGAAGCCGCAGGGAUCACCGCGGGAUGUCGUCCUUCGUGUUACAGCGUAAAUGGUGCGAUAUUCUGUGCCUGCUGUGCUACCUGAUCGCGCAACAUCGCGCGGAUGACGACGUCAGGCCUUACGAAUUCUCCUUCAAUAUCGUUGACUUUCAACAUAGAUUUGAGAAGAAAGACGCCGAUGGGACCAUUACCGGGGAAUACGGAUUUAUCACGGCCGAUAGUGUCUAUCAUGAGACUGGAUACAAGACCGACAAAGAUGGGGACUUUAUUAUUACAAAACAGAGGAAUCGGAAAAUAACAAGUUUGAAGGACGCGCAGGAGAUAUUCAAGGAUAGGCCGGAAGCAGCGAAGAAAUUAAUCGAAGCCGUGAUGAAGGCCUGCGGUGGCUGCAAAAUACCAAUAAAGCAAGAGGACAAUCGGCCGAAACCAAAGGCGGUCACGGAGUUGCCGCCGCAGAAGAAAAUGGAUCCAAUAUUGAAGCAGAUGAUGAAGACACUGACAGCUAACAUGCCUGCCAAAAAUAUCUCAGAAAAAAAUAAAAGUAUUAAGAAAGAGGAUGUGAAGAAUAUCACGAAAAGCAUGGUACGGGCUGCGAAGAAGUUGCUGUCCGAGGAAGAUAAAGUCAUCGUGAAUGAUCGGAUGCUGGAGAAAAUGGCGGACGAUCUGUACUAUCAGUUUAAUUAUACGAUAACGUCGCACGGCCAUCACGAGGAUGGUUAUCGUAGCGGCAGGAAAGACGGUAGCUAUCGAUCUCAGAACGAAAACGGUAUCGACACGCAGGUGAGGUAUCUGUCCAACGAAUUUGGGCAUCAGCCCAAUAUCACGUUCAUUCCGCAGGCAAACGCGGCUGACGAGAAGCAUGCUCUCAAAGGAUACUCGUUUCGUUGGUAUUGGUAGUAAAUCAGCGAUUUUAUGUAAUGCUGACUUUACCUUAAUCAAGAUUUGUUACAGAAUACGCUAACACUUAUUUAAGCGACACAAGCCACGUCUAGGAAUUUGCAAAUUUCGACUUUUAAAGUUUAUUGUCCUAAAAAACAAAAUAAAUCCGCUUAAAAAGAUAAAUAAUUUAAUGACAGAAGAAUAUU